CUUUACCUUUUCAUGGCCUAGUCUCUUUGUUUUUUCCCACACACUCUCUCUCUCUCUCUCUGCAAGUCUUUCGUUUUAUUUUAUAAUUUUCUUUGUGAAAGUUCAGAUGACAUAGUCAAGCAUGCAGAGAACGAGAUAGCGUUUUGCCCAAACUAGGGUUUCCCAUUAUAUUCAACAUAACCCAGUUGAUUUUAAGGCCUAUUUGUUGUAUUCGGCAGGCAUUCCUAGGUAGAAGAGGAAACUUUUAAGAGGGAGAGAAAAGGAAAAGGGCUUUAGUUAAGAAAAGAGAGAAGGAGAGAGAGAGAGAGGGAUAGAGAACGAAGAGCUAAGCAGUUACAAAUUACAGUCUUUUGCUUGCCUUCUUUCUCUUUCUUUCUCUCCAUAAACAACACUUGUUCUUUGUGGAGAGGGAGUUGGAGACAUGAGGUUCUAAUCCUUUUGUCUCCUCUACCUCUUUGUUUCUUUUUUAUUUGUUUUCUUUUUCAUGUCUGUUCAAACCCACCUUAUAUAUUUAUAAUAUUACACAUAUUUUAAUGAAUGUUUCUGUUCGCAAUUUUUGGGUAAAGACUGGCAAAUCAGUGAAUGAGAGUGUUUGUAAAUUUGUAGAGAAGAAGAGGCAACUCUGAGAAAGGGGUAAAAUAUAUAAAGAGAAAAGAAAAAAAGGAGUUAUUUUGAUGAGUCUUGGAGGCUUUCUUGAGAAUACUUCUGGUGGUGGCGGUGCAAGAAUCGUCGCUGAUAUAUCAUAUGGUAACAACAUGCCCACCAGUGCACUCGUUCAGCCCCGCCUUCUAACUCCUCCUAUCACCAAAUCCAUGUUCAAUUCUCCAGGCCUCUCUCUCGCUCUUCAGCAACCAAAUAUAGAUAAUCAAGGUGAUAUGGGAAGAAUGGGUGAACAGUUUGAGACAGUUGUUGGUCGAAGGAGCAGAGAAGGUGAACAUGAAAGUAGAUCUGGAAGUGAUAACAUGGAUGGUGGUUCUGGUGACGACCAAGACGCUGCCGACAAUCCUCCAAGAAAGAAGAGAUAUCACCGACACACUCCUCAACAAAUCCAAGAACUUGAAGCGCUGUUCAAGGAGUGUCCUCAUCCCGAUGAGAAACAAAGACUGGAGCUUAGUAGAAGGCUUUGUUUGGAGACAAGGCAAGUCAAGUUCUGGUUUCAAAAUCGCCGUACCCAGAUGAAGACCCAAUUGGAACGUCAUGAGAACUCGUUGCUAAGGCAAGAUAACGACAAGCUUCGAGCUGAAAACUUGUCCAUUAGAGAUGCAAUGAGAAAUCCAAUAUGCACCAACUGUGGUGGUCCGGCGAUAAUCGGAGACAUAUCUAUAGAAGAACAGCACUUGAGGAUCGAGAAUGCCCGUUUAAAGGACGAGUUAGAUCGAGUUUGUGCACUUGCUGGCAAGUUUCUGGGGCGUCCCAUAUCUUCUUUGUCUACUUCACUUGCUCCUGGCAUGUCAAACUCCAGUUUAGAACUUGGAGUUGGGAGCAAUGGUUUUGGCGGAUUAAGCACUGUUACCACAACAUUGCCACUGGGGCCUGAUUUUGGAGGUGGGAUUUCAAGUGCUUUACCAGUGCUCCCUCCAAACAGAUCCACUUCUGCUUUAACAGGUUUUGAUAGAUCAAUUGAGAGAUCAGUGUUUUUGGAGCUUGCUUUGGCUGCCAUGGAUGAACUGGUUAAGAUGGCACAAACUGAUGAGCCUCUUUGGAUGAGAAGCCUAGAAAGAGGAAGAGAGGUAUUAAAUCAGGAGGAAUACUUGAGAACUUUCACCCCUUGCAUUGGCUUGAAACCUAAUGGUUUUGUCAGUGAAUCAUCCAGAGAAACUGGCAUGGUAAUCAUCAAUAGUUCGGCAGUAGUGGAGACAUUGAUGGAACCGAAUCAAUGGGCGGAGAUGUUUCCUUGUAUGAUUGCCAGAACCUCUACCAUUGAUGUGAUUUCUAGUGGUAUGGGAGGAACCAGGAAUGGGGCACUUCAGUUGAUGCAUGCUGAGCUUCAAGUACUAUCUCCAUUGGUUCCUGUUCGGGAGGUGAAUUUCCUGCGUUUUUGCAAGCAGCAUGCAGAAGGUGUUUGGGCUGUAGUUGAUGUAUCAAUUGACUCCAUCCGAGAAACCUCUGGUGCACCCACAUAUGCUAACUGCAGGAGGCUUCCUUCUGGCUGUGUGGUACAGGAUAUGCCCAAUGGCUACUCCAAGGUGACAUGGGUUGAGCAUGCAGAAUAUGAUGAGAGCCAAGUUCACCAGCUUUACAAACCCUUAAUAAGUUCGGGCAUGGGGUUCGGUGCCCAGCGGUGGGUUGCUACCCUUCAGAGACAAUACGAAUGCCUUGCUAUUCUCAUGUCCUCCACCAUCCCCGCCAGGGAUCACACAGCAGCGAUAACAGCAAGUGGUCGACGAAGCAUGCUGAAGCUAGCCCAGAGAAUGACUCAUAAUUUUUGUGCCGGAGUUUGUGCUUCAACCGUUCACAAAUGGAACAAGCUUAAUUCUGGUAAUGUUUACGAAGAUGUUAGAGUUAUGACUAGAAAGAGCGUCGACGAUCCUGGUGAGCCACCGGGCAUUGUAUUAAGCGCUGCAACUUCCGUUUGGUUGCCGGUCUCUCCUCAAAGACUGUUCGAUUUUCUACGCAAUGAACGGCUUAGAAGUGAGUGGGACAUACUCUCCAAUGGCGGACCCAUGCAGGAAAUGGCCCAUAUAGCCAAGGGACAAGACCACGGCAACUGCGUUUCCCUCCUCCGUGCUAGCGCUAUGAACGCAAACCAGAGCAGUAUGUUGAUUCUGCAGGAGACAUGCAUUGACGCGGCUGGGUCGCUUGUGGUGUACGCGCCCGUUGACAUUCCCGCCAUGCACGUCGUGAUGAACGGCGGUGAUUCAGCUUACGUGGCUCUCCUUCCUUCUGGGUUUGCUAUUGUUCCAGAUGGUCCAGGUUCAGGAGGACCCACAAUCGGAAACUGCGGUGGAUCACCGAGAGUGAGUGGGUCCCUAUUAACAGUGGCUUUCCAGAUCUUGGUGAAUAGUCUCCCUUCGGCCAAGCUCACUGUAGAGUCGGUGGAGACAGUAAACAAUCUAAUCUCAUGUACUGUUCAGAAGAUCAAGGCCGCACUUCAAUGCGAAAGCUGAUAUCAAUCUGUAUUACAUCACAUCACAUCACGUGAUGAUGAAAUCACCUAGUUUAGGUUUACGUUUCUUAACAUGACAUGAGUGAAAAGACAGAGCUUGGUUGGUUUGUGUGUGCGUGUGUGAUCGAGGGGGUGCUGAGUCAAGAACGAACCUCGCGUGUGAAGACUCCUUGCAUGGUGGUAAGGACAGGAUUCGACUCGGAAUUUCUCUGUUCUUAACACAAGGCAAGGGUGGUGGUUCGGGUAUUGACUCAGGUUCGCCCCCGAGAAAAAAAAAAGGUUGUUCGACUUUAAAUACUGUAUUAGGUUAAUGGUUAUUUUCAUAUUUUUAUUGAA